AUGAUGUACGGAUCUGCAGCGAAAUCCACACUGCGGCCCCUUGAUACAAUACGCAAUCAAGGUUUACGACUAUCAGUGGGUGCUUUUCGAACUACCCCAGUUUUAAGUCUUUAUGUUUUGUGUCACGAGCCCCCUUUGGAACUUAGACUUCAGAAAGCCGUCUCUGCUACCGUCGGUGAGGUGCAGUCUAUUAAAAAAAUGCGUUCUGGUGACUUAUUAGUUGAAGUCGAUUCUAAAAAACAAUCGCAGCAAAUCAUGAAACUGAAAGCUCUAGCUUCUAUACCCAUUUCUGUUAGUCCACACACAUCCUUAAACUUCUCCAAAGGUGUAAUAACUUGCGGAGAAUUAUUUAAUGUCUCUGUGGAAGAAAUAACUUCAGAAUUGAAACCUCAAGGAGUGACUCAUGUUCGCCAGAUUGCCAUUCGGCGGGAUGGUCAACUCCUUCCAACAAAGCAUUAUGUGCUCACCUUCCAUAGCCCCAAGCUACCUGAAUUUAUAUAUGCCGGGCAUGAUAGCCAGCAGUGUUCCGCAACAGAAAAGUGCGUAAACUGUGGUGGCGAUCAUCCCUCUUAUUCUCGAAAUUGCUCCCGCUGGAAACUGGAAAAAGAAGUCACUAUUAUCAAAAUAAAAGAAAACAUAACAUACCCAGAAGCUAGACGUAGAGUUCAAAUUCAGACACCUACGCCAGGCAUUAGCUAUGCCUCUGUUGUUCAAAAACCAUUUUGUAAAAAUUGUUCCUGUGAAAACUGCAUAAAGCAAACUCCAAAACCAAAACUUCCUGUAAAAACAUCAGAAUCAGAUUCUGAUAAUUCAGUUCAAAGUAUUUCAGAAUCUCCUAAACCGGAUCUAUCGGCAUCUAAAAAAACUCGAAAGAAAAAACCUCAGUCCUCACUCACAUUGAAACUUGCUAAACGUGGCAUAUCACAUAAAGAUCUUUCUGUCAAGUUACAAAAAUCUACUUCACGGAAUUCCGUCGCUUUGGGAUUAGCAAGAGAUGGUGUAGCCCAUAAGGAUUUAACGUCUAUCUUUGGAGGCACACCAACUAUCCCUGAUUUUAAGCUCCAUCCGUCUGAGGAUGAAGAUGCAUUUUCUAUGAGUUGCGAAGAUCAGGCAACUCCUACAGCUGCUCACUCACACUCAACAUCUAAAUCUCUCUCUUAA